CACCCUAUCCGAGCACUCUGCUCAGCCCAGAGGAGCAGCAACACAGGGGGAAAAAAAAGAAGUUAAAAUCAACUCAGCAGACAGAGGAGGGAGGGAAAGAGAGAGAGAGAGGGGGAAGAAAACGCCCUGGAAACUUUGCUUGAUCGAAAAGUUGGAGAAGUGAUAGAAUCUCGUCAGACAAAGUUGAGAAGCGCUCUUCUUGGGCUGGGGAGAAGGGGAAGGUCGACGCAACGUUUUCAAGGAUGCUCAAGCUUGUAUGAGGCUUCUCGGGCGCAGCACGUUGCGCACAGAAGUCAAGAAAACAAGAACCAACGCAUCAGACAGAAGCCCUUGGCCUUGUUUGAGCUGUCCAAGAAACACCAGGGGGUGACCUUCUUUCCCACCAGGACUUGAACGCACAAGAAACAAAACAAGAUGGCUGAAGAAGAGGAAACAAGGGAAGUGCUCUUUCCAGACUGGGAGGGUCCAGAUAAAACUGGCCUAACUAUUGAACAGACACGUGAAGGAGAGAUCUUUGUAAAAGAAGUGAAAGGAGAGUCACCAGCAGCACGAUCUGGGAAAGUAUAUGAAGGUGACCAGAUUGUGGGUGCAACAAUCUAUUUUGACAACAUGAGUUCAGAAGAAACAGCUGAGCUGCUGAAGACACUUAACCGUCACAAGGUUGGAUUGAAACUACAAAAUAAAGAUAAAUCACCGUGCUGCUCUCCCCUGAGCACGCCGUGCCGUUCCCCAAUGGGUACCUUGACAUGGGAGGGGAAAUUGGGAAGCUCCAGUCCAGACAUCAUUCUCAGUGGGGAUGAUGAGGACUAUAAAAGGAUUUACACAAGGAAGAUCAAACCGAGGCUCAAGUCUGAAGACCUUGCAGAAGGAGUAGAUGUUCGCACGGAGCGGCAUAGCAGCACAAGUAGUGAUGGCAGUACAAUUACAACUGUCACCCGCCGCAUCACCACCUACACUGUGGAUAUGCCGAGUGGCAUAAGUGAGCAAGUCGAGCUUUCAAGCCCAGAUUUCAAGGGGCAUAGGCAAGAAUCAGGGGAUGGCUCUCCGGGAAUAAGAAUUUCACAUGGCAGCCCUUCAGGUAAAGUGGGAGAUGAAGGGGUUUUUGAGUUAAGCAAUGUUUCCAAGCUAAGGGAAAGUUCAAACACUGGUAGUAGGCAUGUUUCAAUGGGAGGCAUGGGAGGUAGUGAAGUAUUUACAACAGCUAAUGACAAUGGAGGGUCAAUUUGUGUGUCUGUACCUGAAAAAGGUUUUGUGACAUCCAGAGAUAAAACACAAGAGGUUGAGGGAACAAAGGUGAAGUUACCUGAAGUUACUGUAAGUCACGCCCAUGCAAAGGAAUCAGGCACCAUUCAUAUCCCAAGCAUCUCACUGAGCAGAGGUUUUACAGAUGCUGAAAGUGAAUUGAAAGACCCUUCUGUAAAUACUACUGUCAGACUUCAAACAAAAAAGUAUCACGUUCAUGGUCCAGACAUAACUCUUCGGCAGAAAGAAGGGGAUCUCAAAAUGCCUCAGAUAAAUAUAACGUCCCUUGUAACAAAGGGUUCAAAUUUUGAUGCGAAAAAUCAUGAAGUUGACAUUAGUCAGAGAGAUCCACAAAUAAAAGGAAAGGUGAAUGUGUCAACUCCAAAGAUGGAUGGAACUGUAAAAAUGCCAGAUGUGGUAAUCCAGGGUCCAGAGAUAAACACUGACGGACUAAAAGGAGAAGGCACAAAAGUUUGUAAAGAUAUUCCCAAAUCUGAUAUCUCAGGCCCAAGCAUUACCAUGUCAAAUGUGGAAUUGAAUCUGAAAGGCCCCAAAGUCACAGGCGAUGUGUCAUUACAACGUACUGAACAACAUAUAGCAGCACCGGAGAUGGAACCAAAAGACCCAAAAGUGGAGAUGAAGGAGAAAACGGGUGAGAGUGGCAUUGCAAAAAUAAAAAUGCCAACAUUUCGAUUAAAAGGUCAGGAAGAGCAGGGCCCAAACAUUAACAUAAACCUGAACAAGCCUGAUAGUGAUAUCAAGGUACCUGAGAUUGACGUGAAAGGCCCAAAUUUCACAGCGCCAAAAACUUCAGGUCCGCAUAUCUCCGCGACAGAUUUAAAUCUAAAAGGCCCUCGAGUUAAAGGUUACGGAAACGUAUGUGUACAAAAGACAGAGGAAAACAUAAAAGUUCAUGGAAUUGAUAUCAAAGGCCCAAAAGAUGACAAUAAGAUUUUGCUGGGUGAUUCUGAAUUACCUAAGAUUAAAAUGGAAGAAUUUGGCUUUAAAGGUCUGAAACUGGAGGGUCCUGAUGAUGACAUCAAGCGUCUCAAGGCUAAUGUUGAUGUCAAGGUCCCUGAGGUUGAUGUCAGUCCAACAAAAGUUGGUUUGGACAUUCAGGGCCCUGAUUUGUCUCUCCCAACUAUUGAAGGAGUUCACUUUGAUAAUACCAGUGGUAAGAUCAAGGGACCAGAAUUGAAAAUGCCAAAAAUCACAGCACCAGACCUCUCGAUGCCUGAGAUGGGUUUGAAUCUGAAAGGCAGUAAACUCAAAGGUGAUGUGGAUAUGUCUGUACCAAUUAUUGAGGGAGAUAUUAAAGCACCGGAAAUGCAUAUUAAAGGCCCAAAAGUUGACAUCAUGGGCUCUAAGAUUGGAAUUGAAUUGCCAAAAAUAAAAAUGCCUGAAUUUGGCUUGAAAGGUUCAAAACUGGAGGGUCCUGACAUUGACAUCAACUGUCCCAAGGCUAAUAUUGACAUCAACGUCCCUGGCGUUGAUGAUGGUAUCCCCAAAACUGAUUUAGAAAUCGAGGGUCCAGAUUUAGAAGUUGAAAGACCAAAUGCUGAAAUUGACAGUCCAGGUUGGAGGAUCAAGGGACCCAAGAUGAAUAUACCAAAAGUCUCAGGACCAAACAUCUCCAUGCCAGGUAUAGAUUACCAUCGGAAAGGCCCUAAACUCAAAGGCGAUGUAGAUGUGUCAGUACCAAAUAUUGCUGGAGAUACUGACGCACUGGAAAUGAAUGUCAAAGGGCCAAAAGUUGACAUUAAGGGCCCCAAAUCUGGAUUUGAAAUGCCAAAAAUUAAAAUGACAGAAUUUGGCUAUAAAGGUCCAAACCUAGAGGGUCCUGACAUUGACAUAAACCUUCCCGAGGCUUAUAUUGAUGUCAAGGUCCCUAAAGUUGAUGUCAGUCUCCCCAAAACUGAUGUAGAAAUCAAGGGUCCCAAUGUAGAUGUUGAAAUACCAGAUGUUGACAUCGACAGUCCAGAUUGGAAGAUCAAGGGACCAAAACGGAAGAUGCCAACAAUUUCAGGUCCAAAGAUAAACAUGCCGAAUGUGGAUUUCAACCGAAAAAGUCCGAAAGUCAAAGGUGAUGUGAAUGUGUCACUACCAAAUACUGAGGGAGACAUUGAAGCACCAGAAAUGAAUAUUAAAGGGCCAAACGUUGAUAUUAAGGGCCCUGACACUGGAUUUGAAAUGCCCAAAAUCAAAAUUCCUGAAUUUGGCGAUAAAGGUCCAAAACUAGUGUGUCCUGAUGUUGGCAUCAGCUUUCCCAAGGCCAAAAUUGAUGUCAAGGUCCCUGAAGUUGAUGUCAGACUCCCCAAAACUGAUGUAGACAUCAAGGGUCCAGAUUUCGACAUUAAGUUACCAGAUGUUGACGUUGACAGUUCAGGUUGGAAGACCAAGGGACCUACACUGAAGAUGCCAAAAAUCUCUGGUCCAAAUGUUAGUUUGCCAAAUCUGGAUUUUCACCUGAAAGGCCCGAAUCUGAAAGGUGAUGCUGAUGUGUCAGUACCAAAUAUCGAGGGAGAUAUUAAAGGACCAGAAUUGGACAUCAAAGGCCCAAAACUAGACAUAAAGGGCACUAAGACUGGAUUUGAAAUGCCCAAAAUCAAAAUGCCAGGAUUUGGCUUUAAAGGUCCCAAACUGGAGGGUCCUGAUGCUGACAUCAUACCUCCCAAGGCUAAUAUUGACGUCAAAGUCCCUGAGGUUGACCUUAAAGGCCCAGAAGUUGAUAUAAAUCUCCCAAAACCUGAUGUGGAUAUUAAAAGUCUUAACAUGGACAUUGAAGGACCAGAUCUUGACAUUGACAGUACUAGUGGAAAGAUCAAGGUACCAAAAUUCAAGAUGCCAAAAAUCUCAGGUCCAAGCAUCUCCAUGCCUCAUGUGGAUUUCAACCUGAAAGGCCCUAAUCUCAAAGGCGAUGUUGAUGUGUCAGUACCAAAUAUCGAGGGAGAUAUUAAAGGACCUGAAAUGGACAUCAAAGGCCCAAAACUUGAUAUAAAGGGCCCUAAGACUGGAUUUGAAAUGCCCAAAAUCAAAAUGCCAGGAUUUGGCUUUAAAGGUCCCAAACUGGAGGGUCCUGAUGCUGACAUCAACCUUCCCAAGGCUAAUAUUGACAUCAAAGUCCCUGAGGUUGACCUUAAAGGCCCAGAAGUUGAUAUAAAUCUCCCAAAACCUGAUGUGGAUAUUAAAGGUCUUAACAUGGACAUUGAAGGACCAGAUCUUGACAUUGACAGUACUAGUGGAAAGAUCAAGGUACCAAAAUUCAAGAUGCCAAAAAUCUCAGGGCCAAGCAUCUCCAUGCCUCAUGUGGAUUUCAACCUGAAAGGCCCUAAUCUCAAAGGCGAUGUUGAUGUGUCAGUACCAAAUAUCGAGGGAGAUAUUAAAGGACCGGAAAUAGACAUCAAAGGCCCAAAACUUGAUAUAAAGGGCCCUAAGACUGGAUUUGAAAUGCCCAAAAUCAAAAUGCCAGGAUUUGGCUUUAAAGGUCCCAAACUGGAGGGUCCUGAUGCUGACAUCAACCUUCCCAAGGCUAAUAUUGACAGUCAAAGUCUUAACAUGGACAUUGAAGGACCAGAUCUUGACAUUGACAGUACUAGUGGAAAGAUCAAGGUACCAAAAUUCAAGAUGCCAAAAAUCUCAGGGCCAAGCAUCUCCAUGCCUCAUGUGGAUUUCAGCCUGAAAGGCCCUAAUCUCAAAGGCGAUGUUGAUGUGUCAGUACCAAAUAUCGAGGGAGAUAUUAAAGGACCGGAAAUGGACAUCAAAGGCCCAAAACUUGAUAUAAAGGGCCCUAAGACUGGAUUUGAAAUGCCCAAAAUGAAAAUGCCAGGAUUUGGCUUUAAAGGUCCCAAACUGGAGGGUCCUGAUGCUGACAUCAACCUUCCCAAGGCUAAUAUUGACAUCAAAGUCCCUGAGGUUGACCUUAAAGGCCCAGAAGUUGAUAUAAAUCUCCCAAAACCUGAUGUGGAUAUUAAAGGUCUUAACAUGGACAUUGAAGGACCAGAUCUUGACAUUGACAGUACUAGUGGAAAGAUCAAGGUACCAAAAUUCAAGAUGCCAAAAAUCUCAGGGCCAAGCAUCUCCAUGCCUCAUGUGGAUUUCAACCUGAAAGGCCCUAAUCUCAAAGGCGAUGUUGAUGUGUCAGUACCAAAUAUCGAGGGAGAUAUUAAAGGACCGGAAAUAGACAUCAAAGGCCCAAAACUUGAUAUAAAGGGCCCUAAGACUGGAUUUGAAAUGCCCAAAAUCAAAAUGCCAGGAUUUGGCUUUAAAGGUCCCAAACUGGAGGGUCCUGAUGCUGACAUCAACCUUCCCAAGGCUAAUAUUGACAUCAAAGUCCCUGAGGUUGACCUUAAAGGCCCAGAAGUUGAUAUAAAUCUCCCAAAACCUGAUGUGGAUAUUAAAGGUCUUAACAUGGACAUUGAAGGACCAGAUCUUGACAUUGACAGUACUAGUGGAAAGAUCAAGGUACCAAAAUUCAAGAUGCCAAAAAUCUCAGGGCCAAGCAUCUCCAUGCCUCAUGUGGAUUUCAACCUGAAAGGCCCUAAUCUCAAAGGCGAUGUUGAUGUGUCAGUACCAAAUAUCGAGGGAGAUAUUAAAGGACCGGAAAUGGACAUCAAAGGCCCAAAACUUGAUAUAAAGGGCCCUAAGACUGGAUUUGAAAUGCCCAAAAUCAAAAUGCCAGGAUUUGGCUUUAAAGGUCCCAAACUGGAGGGUCCUGAUGCUGACAUCAACCUUCCCAAGGCUAAUAUUGACAUCAAAGUCCCUGAGGUUGACCUGAAAGGCCCAGAAGUUGAUAUAAAUCUCCCAAAACCUGAUGUGGAUAUUAAAGGUCUUAACAUGGACAUUGAAGGACCAGAUCUUGACAUUGACAGUACUAGUGGAAAGAUCAAGGUACCAAAAUUCAAGAUGCCAAAAAUCUCAGGGCCAAGCAUCUCCAUGCCUCAUGUGGAUUUCAGCCUGAAAGGCCCUAAUCUCAAAGGCGAUGUUGAUGUGUCAGUACCAAAUAUCGAGGGAGAUAUUAAAGGACCGGAAAUGGACAUCAAAGGCCCAAAACUUGAUAUAAAGGGCCCUAAGACUGGUUUUGAAAUGCCCAAAAUGAAAAUGCCAGGAUUUGGCUUUAAAGGUCCCAAACUGGAGGGUCCUGAUGCUCACAUCAACCUUCCCAAGGCUAAUAUUGACGUCAAAGUCCCUGAUGUUGACCUUAAAGGCCCAGAAGUUGAUAUAAAUCUCCCAAAACCUGAUGUGGAUAUUAAAGGUCUUAACAUGGACAUUGAAGGACCAGAUCUUGACAUUGACAGCACUAGUGGAAAGAUCAAGGUACCAAAAUUCAAGAUGCCAAAAAUCUCAGGGCCAAGCAUCUCCAUGCCUCAUGUGGAUUUCAACCUGAAAGGCCCUAAUCUCAAAGGCGAUGUUGAUGUGUCAGUACCAAAUAUCGAGGGAGAUAUUAAAGGACCGGAAAUGGACAUCAAAGGGCCAAAACUUGAUAUUAAGGGCCCUAAGACUGGAUUUGAAAUGCCCAAAAUCAAAAUGCCAGGAUUUGGCUUAAAAGGUCCCAAACUGGAGGGUCCUGAUGCUGACAUCAACCUUCCCAAGGCUAAUAUUGACGUCAAAGUCCCUGAGGUUGACCUGAAAGGCCCAGAAGUUGAUAUAAAUCUCCCAAAACCUGAUGUGGAUAUUAAAGGUCUUAACAUGGACAUCGAAGGACCAGAUCUUGACAUUGACAGUACUAGUGGAAAGAUCAAGGUACCAAAAUUUAAGAUGCCAAAAAUCUCAGGGCCAAGCAUCUCCAUGCCUCAUGUGGAUUUCAACCUGAAAGGCCCGAAUCUCAAAGGCGAUGUUGAUGUGUCAGUACCAAAUAUCGAGGGAGAUAUUAAAGGACCGGAAAUGGACAUCAAAGGCCCAAAAAUUGAUAUAAAGGGCCCUAAGACUGGAUUUGAAAUGCCCAAAAUCAAAAUGCCAGGAUUUGGCUUUAAAGGUCCCAAACUGGAGGGUCCUGAUGCUGAGAUCAACCUUCCCAAGGCUAAUAUUGACGUCAAACUCCCUGAGGUUGACCUUAAAGGCCCAGAAGUUGAUAUAAAUCUCCCAAAACCUGAUGUGGAUAUUAAAGGUCUUAACAUGGACAUUGAAGGACCAGAUCUUGACAUUGACAGUACUAGUGGAAAGAUCAAGGUACCAAAAUUCAAGAUGCCAAAAAUAUCAGGGCCAAGCAUCUCCAUGCCUCAUGUGGAUUUCAACCUGAAAGGCCCUAAUCUCAAAGGCGAUGUUGAUGUGUCAGUACCAAAUAUCGAGGGAGAUAUUAAAGGACCGGAAAUGGACAUCAAAGGCCCAAAACUUGAUAUAAAGGGCCCUAAGUCUGGAUUUGAAAUGCCCAAAAUCAAAAUGCCAGGAUUUGGUUUAAAAGGUCCCAAACUCGAGGGUCCUGAUGCUGACAUCAACCUUCCCAAGGCUAAUAUUGACGUCAAAGUCCCUGAGGUUGACCUUAAAGGCCCAGAAGUUGAUAUAAAUCUCCCAAAACCUGAUGUGGAUAUUAAAGGUCUUAACAUGGACAUUGAAGGACCAGAUCUUGACAUUGACAGUACUAGUGGAAAGAUCAAGGUACCAAAAUUCAAGAUGCCCAAAAUAUCAGGGCCAAGCAUCUCCAUGCCUCAUGUGGAUUUCAACCUGAAAAGCCCUAAUCUCAAAGGCGAUGUUGAUGUGUCAGUACCAAAUAUCGAGGGAGAUAUUAAAGGACCGGAAAUGGACAUCAAAGGCCCAAAACUUGAUAUAAAGGGCCCUAAGACUGGAUUUGAAAUGCCCAAAAUCAAAAUGCCAGGAUUUGGCUUUAAAGGUCCCAAACUGGAGGGUCCUGAUGCUGACAUCAACCUUCCCAAGGCUAAUAUUGACGUCAAAGUCCCUGCGGUUGACCUUCAAGGCCCAGAAGUUGAUAUAAAUCUCCCAAAACCUGAUGUGGAUAUUAAAGGUCUUAACAUGGACAUUGAAGGACCAGAUCUUGACAUUGACAGUACGAGUGGAAAGAUCAAGUUACCAAAAUUCAAGAUGCCAAAAAUCUCAGGGCCAAGCAUCUCCAUGCCUCAUGUGGAUUUCAACCUGAAAGGCCCUCAUCUCAAAGGCGAUGUUGAUGUGUCAGUACCAAAUAUCGAGGGAGAUAUUAAAGGACCGGAAAUGGACAUCAAAGGCCCAAAACUUGAUAUAAAGGGCCCUAAGACUGGAUUUGAAAUGCCCAAAAUCCAAAUGCCAGGAUUUGGCUUUAAAGGUCCCAAACUGGAGGGUCCUGAUGCUGACAUCAACCUUCCCAAGGCUAAUAUUGACGUCAAACUUCCUGAGGUUGACCUUAAAGGCCCAGAAGUUGAUAUAAAUCUCCCAAAACCUGAUGUGGAUAUUAAAGGUCUUAACAUGGACAUUGAAGGACCAGAUCUUGACAUUGACAGUACUAGUGGAAAGAUCAAGGUACCAAAAUUCAAGAUGCCAAAAAUCUCAGGGCCAAGCAUCUCCAUGCCUCAUGUGGAUUUCAACCUGAAAGGCCCUAAUCUCAAAGGCGAUGUUGAUGUGUCAGUACCAAAUAUCGAGGGAGAUAUUAAAGGACCGGAAAUGGACAUCAAAGGCCCAAAACUUGAUAUAAAGGGCCCUAAGACUGGAUUUGAAAUGCCCAAAAUCAAAAUGCCAGGAUUUGGCUUAAAAGGUCCCAAACUGGAGGGUCCUGAUGCUGACAUCAACCUUCCCAAGGCUAAUAUUGACGUCAAAGUCCCUGAGGUUGACCUGAAAGGCCCAGAAGUUGAUAUAAAUCUCCCAAAACCUGAUGUGGAUAUUAAAGGUCUUAACAUGGACAUUGAAGGACCAGAUCUUGACAUUGACAGUACUAGUGGAAAGAUCAAGGUACCAAAAUUCAAGAUGCCAAAAAUCUCAGGUCCAAGCAUCUCCAUGCCUCAUGUGGAUUUCAACCUGAAAGGCCCUAAUCUCAAAGGCGAUGUUGAUGUGUCAGUACCAAAUAUCGAGGGAGAUAUUAAAGGACCGGAAAUGGACAUCAAAGGCCCAAAACUUGAUGUAAAGGGCCCUAAGACUGGAUUUGAAAUGCCCAAAAUCAAAAUGCCAGGAUUUGGCUUUAAAGGUCCUAAACUGGAGUGUCCUGAUGCUGAGAUCAACCUUCCCAAGGCUAAUAUUGACGCCAAAGUCCCUGAGGUUGACCUUAAAGGCCCAAAGGUUGAUAUAAAUGUCCCAAAACCUGAUGUGGACAUUAAAGGUCUUAACAUGGACAUUGAAGGACCAGAUCUUGACAUUGACAGUAAUAGUGGAAAGAUCAAGUUACCAAAAUUCAAGAUGCCAAAAAUCUCAGGGCCAGGCAUCUCGAUGCCUGAUGUGGAUUUCCACAUGAAAAGCCCGAAUCUCAAAGGCGAUGUUGAUGUGUCAGUACCAAAUAUCGAGGGAGAUAUUAAAGGACCGGAAAUUGACAUCAAAGGCCCAAAACUUAAUAUUAAGGGCCCUAAAACAGGAUUUGAAAUGCCCAAAAUCAAAAUGCCAGGAUUUAGCUUUAAAGGUCCCAAACUGGAGGGUCCUGAUGCUGAAACCAACCUUCCCAAGGCUAAUAUUGACGUCAAAGUCCCUGAGGUUGCCCUUAAAGGCCCAAAAGUUGAUAUAAAUCUCCCAAAACCUGAUGUGGAUAUUAAAGGUCUUAACAUGGACAUUGAAGGACCAGAUCUUGACAUUGAAAGUCCCGGUGGAAAGAUCAAGGGACCAAAAAUCAAGUUGCCAAAGAUCUCCGGGCCAACCAUCUCCAUGCCUGAUGUGGAUUUUCACAUGAAAAGCCCUAAUCUCAAAGGCGAUGUUGAUGUGUCAGUACCAAAUAUCGAGGGAGAUAUUAAAGCACCGGAUAUGGACAUCAAAGGCCCAAAACUUGAUAUAAAGGGCCCUAAGACUGGAUUUGAAAUGCCCAAAAUCAAAAUGCCAGGAUUUGGCUUUAAAGGUCCCAAACUGGAGGGUCCUGAUGCUGAAAUCAACCUUCCCAAGGCUAAUAUUGACGUCAAAGUCCCUGAGGUUGCCCUUAAAGGCCCAAAAGUUGAUAUAAAUCUCCCAAAACCUGAUGUUGAUAUUAAAGGUCUUAACAUGGACAUUGAAGGACCAGAUCUUGACAUUGAAAGUCCCGGUGGAAAGAUCAAGGGACCAAAAUUCAAGUUGCCAAAGAUCUCAGGGCCAACCAUCUCCAUGCCUGAUGUGGAUUUCCACAUUAAAAGCCCUAAUCUCAAAGGCGAUGUUGAUGUGUCAGUACCAAAUAUCGAGGGAGAUAUUAAAGCACCGGAUAUGGACAUCAAAGGCCCAAAACUUGAUAUAAAGGGCCCUAAGACUGGAUUUGAAAUGCCCAAAAUCAAAAUGCCAGGAUUUGGCUUUAAAGGUCCCAAACUGGAGGGUCCUGAUGCUGAAAUCAACCUUCCCAAGGCUAAUAUUGACGUCAAAGUCCCUGAGGUUGCCCUUAAAGGCCCAAAAGUUGAUAUAAAUGUCCCAAAACCUGAUGUGGACAUUAAAGGUCUUAACAUGGACAUUGAAGGACCAGAUCUUGACAUUGACAGUAAUAGUGGAAAGAUCAAGUUACCAAAAUUCAAGAUGCCAAAAAUCUCAGGGCCAGGCAUCUCGAUGCCUGAUGUGGAUUUCCACAUGAAAAGCCCGAAUCUCAAAGGCGAUGUUGAUGUGUCAGUACCAAAUAUCGAGGGAGAUAUUAAAGGACCGGAAAUUGACAUCAAAGGCCCAAAACUUAAUAUUAAGGGCCCUAAAACAGGAUUUGAAAUGCCCAAAAUCAAAAUGCCAGGAUUUAGCUUUAAAGGUCCCAAACUGGAGGGUCCUGAUGCUGAAACCAACCUUCCCAAGGCUAAUAUUGACGUCAAAGUCCCUGAGGUUGCCCUUAAAGGCCCAAAAGUUGAUAUAAAUCUCCCAAAACCUGAUGUGGAUAUUAAAGGUCUUAACAUGGACAUUGAAGGACCAGAUCUUGACAUUGAAAGUCCCGGUGGAAAGAUCAAGGGACCAAAAAUCAAGUUGCCAAAGAUCUCCGGGCCAACCAUCUCCAUGCCUGAUGUGGAUUUUCACAUGAAAAGCCCUAAUCUCAAAGGCGAUGUUGAUGUGUCAGUACCAAAUAUCGAGGGAGAUAUUAAAGCACCGGAUAUGGACAUCAAAGGCCCAAAACUUGAUAUAAAGGGCCCUAAGACUGGAUUUGAAAUGCCCAAAAUCAAAAUGCCAGGAUUUGGCUUUAAAGGUCCCAAACUGGAGGGUCCUGAUGCUGAAAUCAACCUUCCCAAGGCUAAUAUUGACGUCAAAGUCCCUGAGGUUGCCCUUAAAGGCCCAAAAGUUGAUAUAAAUCUCCCAAAACCUGAUGUUGAUAUUAAAGGUCUUAACAUGGACAUUGAAGGACCAGAUCUUGACAUUGAAAGUCCCGGUGGAAAGAUCAAGGGACCAAAAUUCAAGUUGCCAAAGAUCUCAGGGCCAACCAUCUCCAUGCCUGAUGUGGAUUUCCACAUUAAAAGCCCUAAUCUCAAAGGCGAUGUUGAUGUGUCAGUACCAAAUAUCGAGGGAGAUAUUAAAGCACCGGAUAUGGACAUCAAAGGCCCAAAACUUGAUAUAAAGGGCCCUAAGACUGGAUUUGAAAUGCCCAAAAUCAAAAUGCCAGGAUUUGGCUUUAAAGGUCCCAAACUGGAGGGUCCUGAUGCUGAAAUCAACCUUCCCAAGGCUAAUAUUGACGUCAAAGUCCCUGAGGUUGCCCUUAAAGGCCCAAAAGUUGAUAUAAAUCUCCCAAAACCUGAUGUUGAUAUUAAAGGUCUUAACAUGGACAUUGAAGGGCCAGAUCUUGACAUUGAAAGUCCCGGUGGAAAGAUCAAGGGACCAAAAUUCAAGUUGCCAAAGAUCUCAGGGCCAACCAUCUCCAUGCCUGAUGUGGAUUUCCACAUUAAAAGCCCUAAUCUCAAAGGCGAUGUUGAUGUGUCAGUACCAAAUAUCGAGGGAGAUAUUAAAGCACCGGAUAUGGACAUCAAAGGCCCAAAACUUGAUAUAAAGGGCCCUAAGACUGGAUUUGAAAUGCCCAAAAUCAAAAUGCCAGGAUUUGGCUUUAAAGGUCCCAAACUGGAGGGUCCUGAUGCUGAAAUCAACCUUCCCAAGGCUAAUAUUGACGUCAAAGUCCCUGAGGUUGCCCUUAAAGGCCCAAAAGUUGAUAUAAAUCUCCCAAAACCUGAUGUUGAUAUUAAAGGUCUUAACAUGGACAUUGAAGGACCAGAUCUUGACAUUGAAAGUCCCGGUGGAAAGAUCAAGGGACCAAAAUUCAAGUUGCCAAAGAUCUCAGGGCCAACCAUCUCCAUGCCUGAUGUGGAUUUCCACAUUAAAAGCCCUAAUCUCAAAGGCGAUGUUGAUGUGUCAGUACCAAAUAUCGAGGGAGAUAUUAAAGCACCGGAUAUGGACAUCAAAGGCCCAAAACUUGAUAUAAAGGGCCCUAAGACUGGAUUUGAAAUGCCCAAAAUCAAAAUGCCAGGAUUUGGCUUUAAAGGUCCCAAACUGGAGGGUCCUGAUGCUGAAAUCAACCUUCCCAAGGCUAAUAUUGACGUCAAAGUCCCUGAGGUUGCCCUUAAAGGCCCAAAAGUUGAUAUAAAUCUCCCAAAACCUGAUGUUGAUAUUAAAGGUCUUAACAUGGACAUUGAAGGGCCAGAUCUUGACAUUGAAAGUCCCGGUGGAAAGAUCAAGGGACCAAAAUUCAAGUUGCCAAAGAUCUCAGGGCCAACCAUCUCCAUGCCUGAUGUGGAUUUCCACAUUAAAAGCCCUAAUCUCAAAGGCGAUGUUGAUGUGUCAGUACCAAAUAUCGAGGGAGAUAUUAAAGCACCGGAUAUGGACAUCAAAGGCCCAAAACUUGAUAUAAAGGGCCCUAAGACUGGAUUUGAAAUGCCCAAAAUCAAAAUGCCAGGAUUUGGCUUUAAAGGUCCCAAACUGGAGGGUCCUGAUGCUGAAAUCAACCUUCCCAAGGCUAAUAUUGACGUCAAAGUCCCUGAGGUUGCCCUUAAAGGCCCAAAAGUUGAUAUAAAUCUCCCAAAACCUGAUGUUGAUAUUAAAGGUCUUAACAUGGACAUUGAAGGACCAGAUCUUGACAUUGAAAGUCCCGGUGGAAAGAUCAAGGGACCAAAAUUCAAGUUGCCAAAGAUCUCAGGGCCAACCAUCUCCAUGCCUGAUGUGGAUUUCCACAUUAAAAGCCCUAAUCUCAAAGGCGAUGUUGAUGUGUCAGUACCAAAUAUCGAGGGAGAUAUUAAAGCACCGGAUAUGGACAUCAAAGGCCCAAAACUUGAUAUAAAGGGCCCUAAGACUGGAUUUGAAAUGCCCAAAAUCAAAAUGCCAGGAUUUGGCUUUAAAGGUCCCAAACUGGAGGGUCCUGAUGCUGAAAUCAACCUUCCCAAGGCUAAUAUUGACGUCAAAGUCCCUGAGGUUGCCCUUAAAGGCCCAAAAGUUGAUAUAAAUCUCCCAAAACCUGAUGUUGAUAUUAAAGGUCUUAACAUGGACAUUGAAGGACCAGAUCUUGACAUUGAAAGUCCCGGUGGAAAGAUCAAGGGACCAAAAUUCAAGUUGCCAAAGAUCUCAGGGCCAACCAUCUCCAUGCCUGAUGUGGAUUUCCACAUUAAAAGCCCUAAUCUCAAAGGCGAUGUUGAUGUGUCAGUACCAAAUAUCGAGGGAGAUAUUAAAGCACCGGAUAUGGACAUCAAAGGCCCAAAACUUGAUAUAAAGGGCCCUAAGACUGGAUUUGAAAUGCCCAAAAUCAAAAUGCCAGGAUUUGGCUUUAAAGGUCCCAAACUGGAGGGUCCUGAUGCUGAAAUCAACCUUCCCAAGGCUAAUAUUGACGUCAAAGUCCCUGAGGUUGCCCUUAAAGGCCCAAAAGUUGAUAUAAAUCUCCCAAAACCUGAUGUUGAUAUUAAAGGUCUUAACAUGGACAUUGAAGGACCAGAUCUUGACAUUGAAAGUCCCGGUGGAAAGAUCAAGGGACCAAAAUUCAAGUUGCCAAAGAUCUCAGGGCCAACCAUCUCCAUGCCUGAUGUGGAUUUCCACAUUAAAAGCCCUAAUCUCAAAGGCGAUGUUGAUGUGUCAGUACCAAAUAUUGAGGGAGAUAUUAAAGGACCGGAAAUGGACAUCAAAGGCCCAAAACUUGAUAUAAAGGGCUCUAAGACUGGAUUUGAAAUGCCCAAAAUCAAAAUGCCAGGAUUUGGCUUUAAAGGUCACAAACUGGAGGGUCCUGAUGCUGAAAUCAACCUUCCCAAGGCUAAUAUUGACGUCAAAGUCCCUGAGGUUGCCCUUAAAGGCACAAAAGUUGAUAUAAAUCUCCCAAAACCUGAUGUGGAUAUUAAAGGUCUUAACAUGGACAUUGAAGGACCAGAUCUUGACAUUGAAAGUCCCGGUGGAAAGAUCAAGGUACCAAAAUUCAAGAUGCCAAAAAUUUCAGGCCCAAACAUCUCGCUGCCUGAUGUGGAUUUCCACAUGAAAGGGCCUAAUCUCAAAGGCGAUUUUGAUGUGUCAGUACCAAAUAUCGAGGGUGAUAUUACAGCACCGGACAUCGACAUCAAAGGCCCAAAACUUGACAUAAAGAGCCCUAAAACUGGAUUUGAAAUGCCCAAAAUCAAAAUGCCAGGAUUUGGCUUUAAAGGUCCCAAACUGGAGGGUCCUGAUGCUGACAUCAACCUUCCCAAGGCUAAUAUUGACGUCAAAGUCCCUGAGGUUGACCUAACAGGCCGGGAAGUUGAUUUUAAUCUCCCAAAACUUGAUGUGGAUAUUAAAGGUCUUAACAUGGACAUUGAAGGACCAGAUCUUGACAUUGACAGUUCUCGUGGAAAGAUCAAGGUACCAAAAUUCAAGAUGCCAAAAAUCUCAGGGCCAAGCAUCUCCAUGCCUCAUGUGGAUUUCAACCUGAAAGGCCCUAAUCUCAAAGGCGAUGUUGAUGUGUCAGUACCAAAUAUCGAGGGUGAUAUUACAGCACCGGACAUCGACAUCAAAGGCCCAAAACUUGACAUAAAGAGCCCUAAAACUGGAUUUGAAAUGCCCAAAAUCAAAAUGCCAGGAUUUGGCUUUAAAGGUCCCAAACUGGAAGGUCCUGAUGCUGAGAUCAACCUUCCCACGGCUAAUAUUGACGUAAAAGUCCCUGAGGUUGACCUUAAAGGCCCAGAAAUUGAUGUAAAUUUCCCAAAAGCUGAUUUGGAUAUAAAAGGCCUGAAAAUGGACAUUGAAGGACCAGAUCUUGACAUUGACAGUCCCACUGGAAAGAUCAAGGGACCUAAAUUCAAGAUCCCAAAGAUCUCAGGACCCAAAAUUUCAUUCCCAGAUGUUGAUUUCAAUCUGAAAAGCCCCAAAUUUAAGGGGGAUGUUAAUCUGUCAACUUCAAGUAUUGAGGGAGAUAUAAAAGCACCAGAAAUUGAUAUAAAAAACACAAAUGUUGACAUAAAGGGGCCUAAAAUUGGAUUUGAAUUGCCAAAAUUCAAAAUGCCCCAAUUUGGUGUCAAAGGUCCAAACCUGGAGGGCCCUAAUCUUGAUGUCAGUCUCCCCAACUCUGAUUUGGACAUUGAGGGCCCUCAAUUAGACAUUGAAGGACCAGAUGUUGACAUUGACAGUCCCAGUUGGAAAAUCAAAGGACCUCAACUGAAAAUGCCAAAAAUUUCAGGACCAAACAUCACUAUGCCAAAUCUAGAUAGAAAUUUGAAAGGACCUAAUCUCAAAGGCGAUGUUGACGUGUCAGUACCAAAUAUCAAAGGAGAUAUUAAAAUGCCGGAAAUUGACAUCAAAGGCCCAAAAUGUGACAUAAAGGCCCCUAAAAUGGGAUUUGAAAUGCCAAAAAUCAAAAUGCCAGAAUUUGGCUUUAAAGGUCCAAAAGUAGAGGGUGCUGACAUUGGCAUCAAUCUUCCCAAGGCCAAUAUAGAUGUAAAGGUCCCUGAAAUUGAUGUCACUCUCCCAAAAACUGAUGUAGACAUCAAGGGUCCAGAUUUUGACAUUGAAGUACCAGAUGUUGACAUUGACAGUUCAAGUUGGAAGAUCAAGGGGCCUCAACUGAAGAUGCCACAAAUCUCAGGACCAAACAUAACUAUGCCAAAUCUGGAUCUUCAUCUGAAAGGUCCUAAACUUAAAGGUGAUGUUGAUGUGUCAGUUCCAAAUAUCGAAGGCGAUAUUAAAGCACCAGAAUUGGACAUCAAAGGCCCAAAUGUUAACAUUGCGGGCCCUAAAACUGGAUUUGAACUGCCAAAAAUCAAAAUGCCAGAAUUUGGCUUUAAAAGUCAAAAACUGGGGGGACCUGAUGUUGACAUCAACCUUCCCAAGGGUAAUAUUGACAUAAAAGUCCCGAGUCUUGAUGUUAGCCUUCCCAAAUCUGAGUUGGACAUUGAGGGCCCUAAAUUUGACAUUGUUGGACCAGAUGUUGACAUUGACAGUCCCAGUUGGAAGCUCAAGGGACCUAACCUGAAGAUGCCAAAAAUCUCCGGACCAAGCAUCACCAUGCCAAAUCUGGAUUUUAAACUGAAAGGCCCGAAACUCAAAGGCGAUGUGGAUGUGGGACUACCACAUGCUGAAGGAGAUAUAAAAUUACCAGAAACGGUAAUCAAAGGCCCAAAAGUUGACAUUAAGGGACCUGAAUUUGAAUUGCCUAAAAUUAAAAUGCCAGAAUUUGGUUUCAAAGGCCCAAAGUUUGAAAGUGAUGUCCAGGUUCCUGGGAUUGACAUUCAAGGGGCAGAUAUUGAUGUCAGUCUUCCCAAAACUGACUUGGACAUGAAAGGGCCAAAUUUGGAUUUCGAAGGCCCAGAUGUUGACAUUGAUAACCCCAGUGCAAAGAGCAAAGGACCUAAAUUCAAGAUGCCGAAAAUCUCUGGACCAAAUUUCACCAUGCCAAGUCUGGAUUUAAAUUUUAAAGGCCCUAAUCUUAAAAGUGAUGUAGAUAUGUCUGUACAAAAAAUUGAGGGAGAUGUAAAUCCACCAGAAGUCGAAAUUAAAGGUUGCAAAGUUGACAUUCAAGGGCCCAAGAGUGGAUUUGAAUUACCAAAAUUUAAAAUUCCAGAAUUUGGCCUCAAAAGUCCCAGUGUAGAGGGACCUGAAUUUGACAUAAAUCUCCCGAAAACUAAGGGUGAUAUUGAAGGAAACAUUCAAUUGCCAAAAGCUGAACUUGAUGUGGAAGAUGUAACUGUUGAUGUUCCAGGGUUCAGCACUACGAAAACUAAAUUCAAAAUGCCCAAGUUUGGUUUCCGGGGUCCAAAGAUAAAGAACCCAGAAAUUGAUCUGAAACAAACGCAAGGAGAUAUCAACAUCAAAGGGAAGACUGGUAGUAUUGAAGGACUGGAUGUCGACAUGGAUGUAACAGGCCCCAAAAUAAAAGGAUCCAAAUUUAAGAUGCCCAAAUUUGGUUUCAAAAUUCCUAAGGUUGACCUUCCAGGAGCGGAUCUUAAUGUAUCUAAGGGCAGUGGAGAAAUGCAAUUUCCUAAUGUUGACAUUAAAGGCCCAGAAUUAAAAAGCGGGGAUCCCAAUGUAAAAAUAAAAGGAACAAAGCUCAAAAUGCCAUCUUUUAUGGGAACAAAAUUUUCUUUUCCUGAUGUUGAUUUCAAUCUUGAAAGUCCUAAAGUCAAAGUUGACACAGACGUGUCAUUUCCAAAAGCUGGCAUCGAUGUAAAAAUACCGAGUGUUGAUGUGAAAGGUCCACGAUUGCAGGGGCCAAACAUUGACGUCAACCUUCCCAAAGGUGAUAUUGAUGUCAAGGUCCCUGAGUUUGAUAUUGAAGGGUCAAAUGUUGAUCUGAGUCUCCCGAAAGCUAAUGUGGCGAUUAGGGGACCCAAAGUGGAUACCGAAGUACCAGAUGUUGAUAUUGACAGUCCCAGUUGGAAGAUCAAGGGACCAAAUUUCAAGAUGCCAAAAAUGUCUGGACCAAACAUAACUAUGCCAAAUCUCGAUUUGCAUCUGAAAGGGCCUAAACUCAAAGGCGAUGUAGAUGUGGGACUACCACAUGUUGAAGGCGACAUAAAAGUACCAGAAAUGGAACUCAAAGGUCCUGAAGUUAACAUUAAGGGGUCCAAGAGUGGAUUUGAAUUACCAAAAAUGAAAAUGCCAGACUUUGGCUUCAAAGGUCCAAAACUGGAGGGUCCAGAUGUUGACAUAAACAUACCCAAGGCUAAUAUUGAUGUGCCUGAGGUUGAAUUUACAGACCCAAAUGUUGAUGUUAGUGUACCUGCAGCUGAUUUGGACAUUGACUGUCCCAGUGGUAAGAUCAAGGGACCAAAAUUCAAGAUCCCAAAACUCUCAGGACCCAACAUUUUGUUGCCUAAUAUGGAUUUCCACCGUACAGGCCCUAAACUCAAAGGUGAUGUUGAUAUGUCAGUACCAAAUAUAGAGGGAGAUAUUAAGACACCAGAAAUGGAUAUCAAAGGCCCCAAAGUUGGUAUUCAGGGCCCCAAGACUGGAUUUGAAAUGCCAAAAAUCAAAAUGCCAGAUGUUGGCUUAAAAGGUCCCAAACUGAAGGGCCCUGACAUUGACAUGAACCUUCCCAAGGCCAAUAUUGAAGUUCCAGACGUUGAACUCCAAGGGCCAGAAGUUGAUAUAAAUUUCCCAAAAACUGAAUUUGAAAUUAGGGGCCAUAAAUUGGACAUUGAUGCACCAGAUGUUAACAUUGACAGUCCCAGUGGGAAUAUCAGGGGACUAAAAUUCAAGAUGCCAAAAAUCUGUGGACCUAACAUCGCCAUGCCUGAUUUCAAUCUGAAAGGUCCCACUGCCAAAGGUGACGUCGAUUUGUCAGUACCUCAUUUUGAGGGCGACAUAAAAGCCCCAAGCACUGACAUUCAGGGCUCUAUGGGUGGAAUUGCAUUUCCUAAAUUAAAAAUGCCACAAUUUGGCUUCAAAGGUCAACAACUGGAGGGCUCCGACGUUGACAUCAGCAUUCCCAAAGCUAAUAUUGAUUUCAAGGUACCCGACAUUGAAAUGCAAGUCCCUAAAGUUGAUGCCAGUGUCCCCAAAGCUGAUUUCGACAUUAAGUGCCCAAAAUUCAACACUGAAGGACCAGCCCUUGACAUUGAGAGUCACAGUGGUAGGAUAAAGGGACCAAAAUUCAACAUGCCAAAAAUAUCAGGCCCAAGCGUCUCCAUGCCUGAUGUUGAUUUGCACAUGGCGGGCCCUAAACUUGAAGGUGAUGUUGAUGUGUCACUAUCAAAUAUUGAGGGAGAUAUUAAAGCACCAGAAAUUGAUAUCAAAGGCCCUAAAGUUGACAUUAAAGGCCCAAAGCCGAGAUUUGAAAUGCCAAAAAUUAAAAUGCCAGACUUUGGCUUUAAAGGUCCUAAACUAGAGGGUCCUAAUGUGGACAUCAACCUUCCCAGGGCCAAUAUUGAUGUCAGAAUCCCUGAGGUUGAACUCCAAGGGCCAGAAUUUGAUGUUAAUCUCCCCAAAGAUGAUUUGGACAUUAAGGGUUCAAAAUUGGAAUUUGAAGCACCAGAUGUUAACAUUGACAGUCCCACUGGGAAGAUCAAGGGACCAAAAUUCAAGAUUCCAAAAAUCUCUGGAAGGAACAUCGCCAUGCCUGAUUUCAAUCUGAAAGGUCCCAAUGUCAAAGGUAAUGUAGAUUUGUCAGUACCAAAUCUUGAGGGAGAGAUAACAGCUCCAGAAAUGGAUUUCAAAGGUUCAAAUUGUGACAUUAAGGGUUCUAUGGGUGGAUUUGAAAUUCCUAAAUUGAAAAUGCCGCAAUUUGGCUUCCAAGGCCCAGACAUUGACGUCAACAUUCCCAAAGCAAAUUUUGAUGCCAAGGUCCCAGGGGUUGGCGUUCAAGGUCCAGAAGUUGAUGUUAGUCUCCCAAAAGCUGAUAUUAAAGGCCCAAAAUUCAACAUUGAAGGACCAGAUGUUGACAUUGACAGUCCCAGUGGUCAGAUCAAUGUACCGAAAAUAAAGAUGCCAAAAAUCACAGGACCAAACAUCUCCAUGCCAAAUGUUGAUUUAAAUUUGAAAAAUCCUGACCUCAAAGGUAGCAUAGAUAGGUCAGCACCAAAUUUUGAUUGGGAAAUAAAAGCACCAGAUUUGGAUAUCAAAGGUCCAAACGUUAAGGGUUCAACAGGUGCAUUUGAAAGUUCAAACAUGAAAGGAGAUUUAUCAUAUCCUGAUAUCGAUGUCAGCAUAAAGGGAAAGAGAGGAAAAUUUAAACUCCCUAAAGUGACAGGAAAGGGAAAGAAACCGGAUUUCGAAACAGAAACACCGAACAAUGAUGUGACAGCAGGAACAUCUAAUAUUAACGUCCAAAGAACAAAAGUGAAAAAGCCUAUUUUUGGUAAACUUCAUUUUCCUGAUGUAGAACUUGAUAUCAAAUCCCCAAAAGUCAAAGGCGAUGGAUCUUUAUCUGAGGAGUUGAAAUCCCCCACCGUCGAGUUACAGGGCUCUGUUACCAGUGGUCCAAAUAUUAGUUACCAAGGCUCAGACGUGAGAUUAAAGACUCCCCAAAUGAAAAUGCCAAAGAUUGACAUUUCUCCUGCAGGUGGCACAUUUAGAGGCCUUCAAUAUCCCGAAGGUACUGUAACAUUUCCUAAGCUCAAGGUACCAAAGUUUGGUUUUAGUCUGCCCCAGUUUGAGGGGCAAAAGGGUGUUGGAAAGGUUGCAACCAAUAUUGCAGCUAGUGGAGAGCUUCACUGCUCACAGGAUAUUACAGUUUCCAGUCCAGAAAUAAGGCAAAGUGAAGGAAAAAUGAAGGUGAAGAUACCAAAUUUUUUUGGCAAAUCGAAAGCAAAGGGCAGGAGUGCAGGGGACCUUCGGGGAACAGAGGUAGAACUGAGUACUAGUGAAAAAGGAGACGUCUCAAAAGGUUUCAGUGUACAUAGUGGAGAGGAAAAAUUACAAUUUGAGGGUGAUGCUGGACUGAGUGUUUCACCCAAAAGCAAGUCAGCGUCACUGGAUCUUUUCAAGAAGUCAAGACAUCGAUCUUCCUCUCUGAGUGAUGAGGGUGGACUUGCAGUUGUUUCCCCCUCAGGACACCUAGAAGCAGAGGGUAGUGAUAUUUCAUUAGACCUAAGAGGACCAAAGGUCAAAGGAAAAAAAGGCAAGUUGAAGUUUGGCACCUUCGGAGGUUUUGGUUCCAAGUCAAAGGGCUCAUAUGAAGUGACGUAUGGUGAAGGCAGUGAAGCAGGAGUUGAAGGUAGUGCAGGUGUGUCGUCAGCCACCCCAAAAUCAAGAUUGUCCUCAUCGUCCAGCAGUGAUAGUGGGUCAAGGGCUGCUUUAAAGUUCCCGAAAAUUGAACUGUCUGUAUCCCCCAAAAAUGCUUAAAUUGUUGAUGGCUUAAACUCAAGCACCUACAGUAAAAACUGUCUCUCCCUAUCCAGAUAUGGCCAAUACCAGACAUACAGUAUACUAUUGUCAAACCUCAGCCCGCAAAUGCAGAGAGAAAAUGUCAUCUCAUUUUUAAACUUCCCAGUGUUCGACAGAAAGGCGAGGGACACUUUAAGGCCCCAUCAAACUGUAAAUAAAAUGUAUUGUAAUAAAUAUUGUUUUUCUGUACAUAGUCAAGAUUUAUUGAGAAUAUACCAUCUCACCAAAUUUUCCACUAACAAUGUAUUACUGGUAUUAUUUUGUCCUGCUUUAUUCAAUGUUGUUCAUGAAUGGGUGUGGUUUACGUUUAUGCAGGGUCUGUUUCGCUGAACAGCCAAAGUAGUUAUUUUGAAGGAACACGUAGUUUAUACAGCUAAACACAAAUAUAAACAGUUUCCAGUUUUAGUUUGAAGCUUUGAUUUUUGUAUAAUCAGUCAUUUGUCAUCCUUGAAUGACUGUCCACAUUUGCUCUUCAUUUGUUAUUAUUUUUAUUCAGUUUUAUUUUUUGUACAGUUUGCCUGGUCAUCUUUUCCACCCUUCAUACAGCUUUAAAUGUCACAAAAAAUAAAUGCCAUUGUUGGUGUCAUUAGAAAUACUUCAUCCAGAGAUAUUUGAUCAGAUAUGUGCAGACAGAGUACGAAUCAUUUGUGUUUUUCUUUUGUGUGCAUUCUGUCUGAUAAACUAAUUAAAAUGUAUAGAAUGUAUGAUAUUUCA